AUGGCUUCUUCCCUGUCUCUAACUUCCGAUGUUGUUUCCAAGCAAUUGCGGGUUCUGGACAGCAGCAGCUCCGCCUCGUCUAGCAACGUACUAAAGAGCCAAUUCGCGUGCAGCACGCGCAGCGCUGCCAGUGCGUGCGUGUGCGUGCGAUGCAGCGCUGCGGACGAUGGUCGCAGCGCGGCCACGGUCGUUAAUGGCGCGUCGCACUCGUCCGCCAUCGCGGACCUCCCCUCGCGCUACCGCAGCGCCAUGGAGCGAUCCCGCGCAAUCGCGAUGCAUAAGGCUGACGAGGCCGCUGCCGAGGCUUCGCGGGAUGCGGCGGCGGCGGCGGCGGCGCCGGUGGUGCUGGAGCGGGUGAGGCUGGUGGCGGGGCAGGAGGAGUGCGGCGGAUGCGAGGCGGCGGGAUCGGUGCCUUGCGCGACGUGCGCGGCGUCGGGGCUGUAUGUGGAUCCUAUUAUGGAGUGCCAAGGGAUCAUCGUUAAAGUGCGCUGCCUCGGCUGUGGUGGUUCCGGCACUAUUCUUUGCCCCAAGUGUGGUGGACGCGGCCAUAAAUCACUUCACGGUUUGCCUGGGGCAUUUUCUCCGUCAGUCACAGUCAGCCAGCACCAGGCCAGAAGUCGUAGCAUCCGUCUCCGUCAAGCUGUUACCGAUCGACGCCGUCAGUGCGCAGUUUCCAUGGCGGCGCCGCCUUCCAGAGGCCUGCCGGCCGACAUUAUCCUAAACGGACACCACGUGCAGGCAUGGCUCCGCGUUCCGCCUGCCGAAUCCGCCGCAUCUCCCGCCGCAGGUGCCGGCGCGCCCGCGUCCGAGGAGUCCGUCAUCACCUGGACGCCGAAAACCGCUGCUGACGUGGCAGGAGCAACGGUCGGAUCGCAGCUGGUAGCGGGAUCCAUAUCUUUAGAUUCAGAUCUAAUCGGAUUCAGCACGACAGGCGCUUCGACGAUCACUCUCCGGCUCUUCAAACUCCCGACGACGGAUCCUACGGGAACGGGAGUCGCGGCGCUCUCUCUGUGCACGACGACGCGCGCGCACAGCCGGCGGCGCGAGAGGGAGGACGUGCUGGUGGAGUUUAAGAACGCGGAGGAGCACGAGCGGUGGGGCGAGGAGCUACAGCGGUGGCGGCGGACGAAUGGCCGGCCGUCGUCGCUGCUAGUGGUGCUGAACCCCGUGGGCGGCAAGGGCAUGGCGCGGGACAUCUACAAGCGGGACGUGGAGCCGCUUCUCAAGGCCGCUGACGUCAAGUACGAGCUUAUUGAGACGCAGCGGUAUCGGCACGCGGUUGACAUUGCCAAGGACAUGCGCGUGGGGGAGUACGAUGGGGUCGUUUGCGUUGGCGGUGAUGGCAUUCCCGCUGAGGUGCUGAAUGGGCUGCUAGCGCGGUCAGAUUGGAAGGAAGCCAUCAGGACGCCUUUAGGUGUGAUUCCAGCAGGCUCGGGUAAUGGCAUGGCCAAGUCGCUGCUACACGCGUCAGGGGAGGAGUGCACACCACAGAACGCCACACGAGCCGUUAUCCUCGGGCGCAGCACAGCAGUGGACGUGGGCACGGUGUCACAGCCCCACGCGCUCUUCCACUUCAUUCUCAACGUCAACUGGGCAUUUGUGAGCGAUGUGGACAUCGAGUCAGAGGUCUAUCGCUGGAUGGGAGGCUUCCGCCUCACCUUCUAUUCCAUAAUCCGCAUCAUGAACCUGAGGCGCUACCACGCGCGCCUAUCCUACCUGCCUGCCGCGGCCUCCACAGCCCCCACAGCCCCGGGUGCGCUACAGCCGGAGGAGCGCGAGGGCGGCGUGUAUGCGGGCGUGCCGGCUGCGGCUCUAGGGGAUCCUGAUGCUUGGGUGACGGUGGAGGGGGAGUUCGUGCUGCUGUGGUGCCAGAACACUGCCUGGGCUGCAGAGGCCAUGCACGUCACGCCGCAGGCAGAGUUAUCGGACGGGUGUUUGGACAUGAUAGUGGUGCGCGAGUGCACGUCCAUGCAGCUGCUGGAGCUCAUGAUGCAGAUGGAGGAGAACAACGGCAAGCACAUUGCCAGCCCGCUGCUGCAAUACAUCAAGGUGCGAGCAUUGAAACUCGAGGCCGGGGGGAGAGUUCGUCACGAGCCGGGGCGGGGAGGAAUAGUGGCGGUGGAUGGCGAAGUGGUUGCGAGGGGGGUGGGCGCGUUUGGGUUCGAGUCAGGAAAGGACCCCAUGGAUUAUGGAGGAAGUGCGCGGUUAGGGGCGUUCCGCGGGGCGAUGAGCUUCGCCGCUCCGUGGGUUUCCUCGUCUGCCUCCACGCAAGUCGCAUUCAGUCGGGAGGAGGAGGACGAGAUAAACCGUCAGCGGCUUAACGCGGAGCUUCAGCGGUUGCAGCGGCUUCCGCCGACGUCCAUCUACGCGUCACAUCGCAUCAGAGUGGCGCGCCGCGCGCUUGAACUACUUUCCGCGUCGUCGUCGCAGCGUUCCACGGACCAGGAGAGGGAGCUCGAAGCGCUCUUCGCCUCGCUCUCCCUCUAG